AUGGAAGAUCAACCGGCUGCAGAAGACAUCAGGCUGGGGGGAGCCCCAACAGGACAGGCAGACAGAGCUCAGAAGAUGAACAGCAACAUGAUCCGAGUCUUCCUCAGCUCAGGAAUCACAGAUAUGAGCAGCGAGAGGAAAGCCCUGCUGGAGAAAGCUUUUCCAGAAGUCCUGCUCUUCUGCCGUGGACUGGGACUGGUCUUUGAGGUGGUGGAUCUGCACUGGGGGAUUAGGAAUGACCCGUUUGGAGACCACAAGGCCUGUGAGAUAUCUCUUCAGGAGAUCCAGAUGUGCAAAAGGCUGUCAGCUGGACCCAAUUUCAUUGCGCUACUGGGGAACAGGUACGGCCAUCGAGCUCUUCCUCGACUUAUCCCGGAAAAACAGUUUGAAGUGUAUUUGUCCAAACUCUCCAAUACCCCUGGGGGAAUCAAGCAGCUGCAACAGUGGUUCAGAAAGGACACAAAUGCUCUCCCGCCCACCUACGUCCUGCAGCCAAUCACAGCUUACUUCCCUUAUUACUGUGACCUACGACCUGAAAGUGAGCAGCAGCACAACCGGGAUGUUGAUUCAUGGCGUUUAACAGAGACUCAGUUGCUGCAGCUUCUUCGUUCGGCUGCAUCAGAAGCUGAAGCUGCAGGAGAGAUCCCAGCUGAGCUGAAACGGAGCUUCUACACUUCAGUCACUGAGCAAGAGUUGGAGCAGGGUUUAUGGAUUGGAGGCAACCCUGCAAACGCACUGCUGUUCCUCAGAGAACAGAAGGUAAAGGAGCGGCCCAAACGACUCGCCAAGUUCAUGGAUGCCACUGCCAACGGGCUGCUGGACCCUGAGGCUCAGAAACUCCUGACAGAGUUGAAGUCACAGCUGUCUGCUACCUCACAAAACAGCCUUAACCUUCACUGUGUGGAGCUCAGCAGAGGAACCAUUGACCCAAAGCGUAAAGAGCACGCUCAGUACCUGGACAUCCUGUGCCAGCAGUUUGUCUCUCAGAUGAAAGCCAGGAUUGAAGUCGCGGUGAGUUCAAGGAGGACAGGAAGGUGGAAGAAGUUAUGGGGGAGUGCUGAGGAGGAUGAGGACAAAUUACCUUUGGUGCUUGAAGAGGCAAAGCAGCACAGCAUCAUGAGUGCUGAACUAUGUAAAGGACUGCAUGGUAGAGAAGGAAUUCUGGGAAAGAUUUGCCUUGCCAUGUGGGAGUCCGGCCAAAAACGCCACAGCCCACUGGUGGUUCAUGGAGCUGCUGGGAUGGGGAAAACUGCUUUGCUUUGCAAAGUCGUGCAAGAGGUGCAACGGGUCCUGGAGGCCAGGGUGGUGCUGGUGAUCAGGUUUCUAGCAGCAUGUCAUCCACAGAGACCUGACUUAGACCAAGUCCUCCAUAGUGCUUGCCUGCAGGUGAGUUCCGCAUGUGGUCUGGCUCCACCCACACCCAUGACAGCGAGCAGUCCUACAGAGAUGCAACAAUUCUUCAGGAACAUCCUGGAGGAGGCCUCUCAGCAGGGUUGUACUCUGCUCAUUGUCUUUGAUGCUCUUGAGCAGCUUGCAGAACAGAAUCACACCCACAAACUGCACUGGGUACCUACCAACCUCCCACCCAAAGUCCACCUGCUGGUCUCCAUGGAUACCUGUAGUGAGGCGUUUGUGAACAUGCGAUUGAAAACAGACUCUCUAGAGAAUUUCUUUGAGGUGGAACGUUUGUCUGGAGAUGAGGGGGAACACAUCAUGGAGUCACAUCUGCGAGCCUCACAGCGAACGCUGACCCCCGAGCAGAAAGACGUGGUGCUGCAGAACUUUACUCCAACUGGCUGUCCACUUCACCUUAAACUGAUCCUGUCUGCUGUCCAGAACUGGACAUCCUUCACCCCAUUGACCGAGCAGCUGUUGGGAGCCAACACAGAGGAAGUGAUGUCACAGCUGCUGCACAGACUGGAGCACAAACACGGGAAGGAGCUGGUGGGCGGAGCUUUGGGAUACAUUGCCUUAGCAAGGGAAGGCCUGCUGGAAGCCGAGCUGUACGAUGUCAUGUCUUUGGACGACGAUGUCAUCAGUGAGGUAUACAGGUACACCCAUCCUCCCACUCCUUCGCUGAUUAGGCUUCCACCCCUCCUCUGGGCCCGACUCAAACGGGAUCUCAAGGACCACCUGGAGGAACGUUGGACCAACGGAGUUGUUGUGAUCGCUUUCAGCAGCCGUAAUGAUCUGAUGCUUCUCAUUAGACGUCUUUCUGAGGUGGUUUUAGGCCACUAUCUGACAUCAGAAAGACAGGGGAGAUGCCACAAGAUUCUAGGGGAGUACUUUCUCGGUCGAUGGUCGGGGAAGCUCAAGCCGGUGGCGUUGCCAGGUCUAUCCCUGCUGCUGUCUGACAGAAAGGUCCCGCCCCAGCCAUUGUGGUUUGCCCCUGGAUUGGCUAACAUACGGAAGCUUCAGGCACUUCCCUAUCACUUGCUGCAUGCUGGUCUGUGGGAGGAGCUACGACAGGAAGUCAUAAAUGGGCCACAGAUAGUCUUCCUCACAUCUCUUUGGUUGUUGCUGACACUCGUCUCCUGUCACUCCUUCUGCUUCCAUACUCACGUCAGGGAUUCCAGUCUGAGCCUGUGGUGCUGUGUGUCUGCAGGCAGUGCUGAAUGGCUGUUCUGUAAGAGCAGAGUGUGCGGUGUCUCCAGUGUGAUCCGUGACCUGGACCAGGGCUCCAAGUACAUGGACUGCACAGAAACCGGCCUGAUCAGAGACGCUCUGGCCUUGAUUAAGCCGGGUCUGGACUUCCUUGAUGGCCAUGUUGGCAAGUCUCAGUUUUACGGCGAGCUCUUGGCCCGACUCUCCGCCCUGUCCAUAGUUUUCCCCUCUCUCAUUGGUCGGCUCUGCAGUCAGAUCAACGACUGGUUCCUGACAUGUCCAGAGCCAGCUCUUAUCCCGAAAUGCAGCUUCCUGCAGCAACCAGGGGGGGCGCUGCAGCACACUCUGAACACCACCAAUGCAGGCGUGCUUUGUGUGGAUGCCAGCGCCGCUCUGCAGAUGCUGGCUGCAGGUGCUGAAGAUGGAGGGGUGGCGAUCUGGAGCCUCGAGGACCAGCAGCUGCUGCACGUUCUACUGGGACACUCGGCUGCAGUUCUGACCGUGAAGCUGGAGUCUGGCGCCCCCUCCUGUCUCUCCGUGUCCGCUGACGGCUCUCUGAGGAGGUGGAGCCUGAAAAACGGCCAACAGCUGCUCUGCAUCCAGGAGGCGGUGCCUCUAGACUCCACCCCCUCAUCGGUUCAGCUGCACCUGUCAGAAGAGCUGCUGUUUGUUCACACCAGGACACAGGUGCGUUGUGGGAGGAGCCGUUUCUCUCGUGCUGCAGCUGGACAGUCCAGCCUUUUGUUUUUCAGCAGCUUGGAUGAUUCUCAGCUUUUUCAGUUCAGGAGAAAUGAGCAUCAGCUUUCAGAGCUGACAGCUGCGGGUUCCUCGCAGGUGAAGGUGUGGGGGCUGGAUGGAGCCGAGCUCCAGCUCUGCAGCAGCCAAGAAGAGGUCACUGUGGUUCUGGGGCUUCUGGGAGAAUCUGUGGUGUCCCUGUGCGACUCCAGCUGGGUCCAGAUUUCUCAUCCGGUUGACAAGACUCAGAGCACAAAGGCUCAACUGGAGCCGUCGGGGAGGAGAGUGACUGUGGUGACGUCUGUGACGUCCCCCCGGCGGGGGAAAGUGUUGGUGGUCUCUGAGGAAGGUCACCUCUAUCAGAUCUGCAGGGACAGCAAACUCUCAGCUGUGGAGUUUCCUCUGCGUCCAUCUUUGAUUUUAGUUGCUGAGGAUGAAAAGAUUCUGGUGACAGGCUGUGAGCGCACUCUGAGCCUCUUUAGCAUUGAUGGCGACUCAGCAGAUCGAAUCCUCGAGCUGCAGCACGACGACACCAUCCUGUCCGCCUGCCUGUCCAAAGACAGCCGGCAGCUCGUCUCCGGAGCUGCAGACCAGCUGAUCAGAGUCUGGUCGGUGACCACAGGGGCACUGUUGGACUUCUUCUGUGGUUCCGACGCUUCCGUCACCUCGCUGCUGUUCUUCAGAGACUUUGUUGUUUCUGCAUCAUCCACCAAGUCUGCAAUCCACCUGUGGAGUCUGAAAUAUGACUGCAGACUCAAACACCCCGCCCACAUCCCUGCUGGCUCCGCCCACGCUGCCCUCACCAGAGAUGGCAACCAGAUCUUCUACAUCCACCAUCAGAGCCAGAGAGAGGUCGUGAGAUGGAACAGUCAAACAGGUUCUCUGGAGGAGCGUCUGGCCGUCUCUGCGGAGGUUUCCUGUCUGGAGCUGGCUCAGCACAAACGUCUGCUCCUCUGCGGUUUGACCAGCGGCACCGUCCUCAUCUACCCGCUGAACCUCCCCCAGGAGACGCUCUGCAUCCCCCCUCCAGAGAGCCUGUCGGGGGUGCUCUGCCUGGCCGUGAGCUCUCAGGAGAAGAACGUGGCGGUGGCUUAUGAGGAUUCGGUUUCCCUGUUUGAGAUGGCCACCAGGGACAGCUUCCCCACAGUGGAGGGGCCUCUGAGGAGGUUCCCCAUGUCGCUCCUGCAUGCCCCCCUGUCCUGCAUGGCUCUGCUGGCCGACCGGAGGCUGCUGUACGGGACUAGCUGUGGGGGGGUGAGGCUGCAGGGUUUUAGCGGCACCAUUUCUGAGCUGGAGCCUCAUGGAAGCAAAGUGACUUGUGUGACGGCCAGCAACUGGGGGUCCCACGCUCUGGUGGGCUCCCAGGACGGUGUGCAGAGACUGUGGGCCCUGAACCCGCCAUCCCUGGACCACACCAUGGAGCACAAGGGUUUCUUCUUCCACGGCGUGAUCUCUGCCGCCUUCUCCGAGAGCGACCAGUUCGUCUUUACAGGAUCUCAAGACAGAACCAUUAAAGUCUGGGACGUGGCGUCCGGGAAGCUGCUGUUCGUUCAGUACGUGUACUCACCCGUCGUCCGGAUGGUGACCUUCAGGAACGGCUUUGCCGCCUUGACCCAGCAGGGUUCUGUCAUCAGGGAGGCGUUCCGCUGUCCGGACCACGUCAGCCCAGACUACAACCCCCUGAGGAGCAUCAGAGGUCAGUACCGGCUCACCUCAAGGGACAAGAACCGGGAUGCCCGGAGAACCUCUGUGUCCGACCUCCAGCACUUCAACCCAGCCCAGUUCAAGCUGAGCCUGAUGGGCCCGCUCAGAGCAGAACCCUCCUCCGCCUGUGUCCUCCUGUAGGAGAGCAUGACUCGCCUUCCUGUAUGGCGCAUGGAAGUUAGUCAACAACUCUGACUUUAAAGUUUUUCAAGAAAUGAGUAAAUGAAUGAGAAGUUGGAUGUUGUUUGUGCUACGAUGUUCUAAAAUCCUCCAAACCUUUAGUGGUCAUUUAUCAAGUGGAAGCUCAUGAUCUCGAGUUUACAAAGGACUUGUGUGAUAUUGUGAAUUUUCAGAAUAAAAUGGUUAAAUCCCAUCAGAAAACGUCCAGUUUGGAUGAGAAAAAUAAAGGUUUACUGCGACAGAGUCUCAGAAUGAGCUCACCGUAGAAGUCAAAGUUCACCUGAACUCUGGACUAAACAAGUAAACUCUGCUCCUCUGGUCACUGCAGAGGAGUUCUUGCCUAUAGUAACCUUUAAGGAAAAGCCUCUGUUUUGUAUUUUCAAUGUAUUUUCUCAGUUUUCUCUUUCACUCCUUGGUUUACAGUUUUAAUUCGCUCUCAGUGCUGUGCCUAAUUUUACGUCUGGGUGGGUCUUGGCUACCAGGAAAUGACUGACUCGAGGAGAUAGAGGUCAGGGUGACGUCAGAACAGCGUCUGCCACCUGUGUCAUCCCUCCUCUGAUGUACCAAACUGUGGGAGAGCAUCACCACUACUGUACAUCAUGUGGGAAACAUGUUGAUUUAUUUUAGUGACUGGAUUUCCUCAUUCAUGGCUUUGAUUCUUUCCCUUGAGUCAAUUGACUGUGUUAGAUGCUACCUAAUGCUGAGUAGCUGUCAUGUGUCUGUGUCCCUUUUCAAUAAACUUCUUCAACAAACAG